GCCGGGCAGCGCUGGGGCUUCCCGGUGAGCCCGCAGCAGCCGGCAGCGGCGAAGUGCGGGCGCGGGGCAGCGGCCGGCGCGCCCGGAGCGGCGCGGGGCGCACGCCGCGGGGAGCGCCGGCGCUCGGGACCGGAGGCGUGCAGAAUCUGGGAUGACGCUUUGCACCCAACAGAAACAAGGUCAUGAUUGUUGAGGACACGUAGUGGAUGCAAGAUGUGACAAUCCUCCUACAUUCUCUCGGUACCAAUCUCUGGCCAUGACACAAGGGCCCUCUUCAUUUCCAUCUGUGUUCAACUAACAGUGACUAAGACUUUCCACAACAGAAACACAGGAUGUUGUCAAAUAUGAGAAAAUUGAUACUUAGCUUAUCUAAGAUCAAGAGGGUGGUAAAGGACACAGUCAGAACUUGACCUUAACCAUUCUGCUGCACUCCCUUCCUGGUAAGAGUGUCAGGAAUUUUUCAAAGAGAAACUAAUUGCAGAGUUUCCGGUUGACAGGCAUUCAUAGGAACCCAACCACCGUGCUAUGUGAGGACACACAAACAGCCACAAGAAGUGUCACAUGAAGUUCCAGCCGGCAGUCAGCACCAACUACCAGCCUGUUGAAUUUGAGGACAUUUUGGACCUUUCAGCCAUCUUUGUGCCAGCCAACACCAGGAAGUAAAAGAACCACCCACAGAAUCACAAGAAAUAAAACUAUUGUUAAGCCAUUAAGGUUUGACAUAUGCAAAAUAGUUAGCCAAAAUCCUUCCCAUCUAUAUGCUUCCAAAUUCUAGCCUCUCCAAAGAAAGGCUUAAUCACCUUAGAUACACCCUGCCUAACAUGUGAAUGUAAUAUUCUUCUGCCUUCUGCAUUUUUGUGUGUUCAGUUAUUUAUUAUACAAAUACUUACUGUACACCACGUGCUUAGAAACUGUGGAAGAUCCUGUAAUACCAUCAGGAUCCUUUUGACCGUGCUUCUCCAUGGACCUCUCUUAGGAUAUUUGAUGUUGCUAAGCGGUGUUGAAUUUUCAUUUACAGUGACUAUUUCACUCACUGCUUUCUUUUCAUAUAUGUUACAAAAGUUUUCCAUAUUACUUCUGGCCCACAUGAUUGAAAUAGCCUUUCAGCUGCCGCCUUGUUUCUAACCCUUCUCUUCAAAUCCAUCCUGCAAAUAUCUCUAGCUCAGUGACUCAGUAUUCCCCUACCUUACACCUGGGUCUAAAGGAUUCUAUAGUUGAUGGUAGCUGUUGCUUUGUAGUUUGUGGGGAGGGGAGCACUUUAGACAUCUGAAACUUCAGGAAAACUUAAAAGAUAGGCACUUUCCCCAGAGAUUUCAUUGCCAAUAUAUCUUGUGAGCUUUCUCCUCCUGGGAGAUUUGAAAAAAAAUAAAAUAAAAAAAUGCUGACCUCACCUAGACCAACUGAAGUUCUUUAAGAGUAGCACCUGGGGGCUUCCCUGGUGGCGCAGUGGUUAAGAAUCCACCUGCCAAUGCAGGGGAUGUGGGUUUGAGCCCUGAUCCAGAAAGAUCCCACAUGCCACGGAGCAACUAAGCCCAUGAGCCACAACUAUUGAGCCCACGUGCUGCAACUGCUGAAGCCCGCGUGCCUAGAGCCCGUGCUCUACAACAAGAGAAGCCACCACAAUAAGAAGCCCGUGCACUGCAAUGAAGAGUAACCCUCACUCUCCGCAACUACAGAAAGCCAGCGCGCAACAACGAAGACCCCAUGCAGCCAAUAAAUAGAAUGAAGACAAUCACAGAGAUGGUGUGUCUAAGAAAUUUCAAAAGGUGUAGGCCUCCUGAUUGAAGCACAGUCAACUUAUUGGAUUCAUUUUUUUUCAUUAUAUUUCUGUCCUCCUACAAGGGAAAGUCAUGAUUACACUAACAGAGCUAAAAUGUUUAGCAGACGCCCAGUCAUCUUAUCACAUCCUAAAACCCUGGUGGGACGUCUUUUGGUAUUACAUCACCCUGAUCAUGCUGCUGGUGGCCGUGCUGGCUGGAGCCCUCCAGCUCACACAGAGCAGGGUUCUGUGCUGUCUUCCAUGUAAGGUGGAAUUUGACAAUCACUGCGCCGUGCCUUGGGACAUCCUGAAAGCCAGCGUGAACACGUCCUCCGAUCCCGGGAUGCCACUGCCUCUCCCCCUCAGAAUCCAGAAUGACCUCCACCGACAGCAGUACUCCUACAUCGACGCCGUCUGUUACGAGAAGCAGCUCCACUGGUUCGCAAAGUUCUUCCCCUACCUGGUGCUCUUGCACACGCUCAUCUUUGCAGCCUGCAGCAACUUUUGGCUUCAUUACCCCAGUACCAGUUCCAGGCUCGAGCAUUUUGUGGCCAUCCUUCACAAGUGCUUCGAUUCUCCGUGGACCACCCGAGCUCUGUCAGAGACAGUGGCCGAGCAGUCAGUGAGGCCCCUGACACUCUCCAAGUCCAAGGUCUUGCUUUCGUCCUCAGGGUGCUCAGCCGAUGUUGAUUCCAACAAGCAGUCAUUGCCCUACCCACAGCCAGGCUUAGAGUCAGCUGGCAUAGAAAGCCCGACUUCUAGCGUCCUGGACAAGAAGGAGGGCGAACAGGCCAAAGCCAUCUUUGAAAAAGUGAAAAGGUUCCGCAUGCACGUGGAGCAGAAGGACAUCAUUUAUAGAGUGUAUCUGAAGCAGAUAAUAGUCAAAGUCAUUUUGUUUGUCCUCAUCAUAACUUACGUUCCGUAUUUUUUAACCUACAUCACCCUUGAAAUUGACUGUUCAGUGGAUGUGCAGGCUUUUACCGGAUACAAGCGCUACCAGUGUGUCUACUCCUUGGCAGAAAUCUUUAAGGUCCUGGCUUCAUUUUACGUCAUCUUGGUUAUACUGUAUGGUCUUACCUCCUCCUACAGCUUGUGGUGGAUGCUACGGAGUUCUCUGAAGCAAUAUUCCUUUGAGGCUCUGAGAGAAAAAAGCAACUACAGCGACAUCCCGGAUGUCAAGAAUGACUUUGCCUUCAUCCUCCAUCUGGCCGAUCAGUAUGAUCCUCUUUACUCCAAACGCUUCUCCAUCUUCCUGUCGGAGGUCAGUGAGAACAAGCUGAAACAGAUCAACCUCAACAACGAAUGGACGGUCGAGAAACUGAAGAGCAAGCUUGUGAAAAAUUCCCAGGACAAAAUAGAACUGCAUCUUUUCAUGCUAAACGGUCUUCCAGACAAUGUCUUUGAGCUGACAGAAAUCGAAGUGCUAAGCCUGGAGCUGAUCCCUGAGGUGAAGCUGCCUUCUGCAGUCUCUCAGCUGGUCAACCUCAAGGAGCUCCACGUGUACCAUUCGUCUCUGGUGGUCGACCAUCCCGCCCUGGCCUUUCUAGAGGAGAAUUUAAAAAUCCUCCGUCUGAAAUUUACUGAAAUGGGGAAAAUUCCACGCUGGGUAUUUCACCUGAAGAAUCUCAAGGAACUUUACCUGUCAGGCUGUGUUCUGCCUGAGCAGGUGAGUACCAUGCAGUUGGAGGGCUUUCAGGACUUGAAAAACCUGAGGACCCUCUACUUGAAGAGCAGCCUCUCCCGGAUCCCACAGGUCAUUACAGACCUCCUGCCUUCGCUGCAGAAGUUGUCCCUCGAUAACGAGGGGAGCAAGCUGGUUGUAUUAAACAACUUGAAAAAGAUGGUCAAUCUGAAAAGCCUGGAGCUGAUCAGCUGCGACCUGGAACGUAUUCCACACUCCAUUUUCAGCCUGAACAACUUGCAUGAGUUAAACCUCAAAGAAAAUAACCUUAAAACUGUGGAAGAGAUCAUUAGCUUUCAGCAUCUCCAGAAUCUUUCCUGCUUAAAGUUAUGGCACAAUAACAUCGCUUAUAUUCCAGCCCAGAUUGGGGCAUUAUCUAAUCUAGAGCAGCUCUCUUUGGACCAUAAUAACAUUGAGAAUCUGCCCCUGCAGCUGUUCCUAUGCACCAAACUACAUUAUUUGGAUCUAAGCUAUAACCACCUGACCUUCAUUCCAGAAGAAAUCCAGUAUCUGAGUAAUUUGCAGUACUUUGCUGUGACCAACAACAACAUUGAGAUGCUACCAGAUGGGCUGUUUCAGUGCAAAAAGCUGCAGUGUUUACUUUUGGGGAAAAAUAGCCUGAUGAGCUUGUCCCCUCAUGUGGGUGAGCUGUCGAACCUUACUCAUCUGGAGCUCAUUGGUAAUUACCUGGAAACACUUCCUCCUGAACUGGAAGGAUGUCAGUCCCUAAAACGGAGCUGUCUGAUUGUCGAGGAGAAUUUGCUCAAUACUCUUCCUCCCCCUGUAACAGAACGUUUACAGACAUGCUUAGAUAAAUGUUGACCUAAAGAGGAAAAUAAUUUUUUAAAGUACGCUCCAGGGCUUUAAAUGAGAACUAAGUUAUAAAGAUGAACAAUGGAUAAUUAUGACUAACUAUAACCAAAUGUCUUAUUAAAGCAACUCAGUGUCUACCCCUAAAUUAAACAGGUAAAAAGUAUUAACACUGAACUAAGGUUUGUGAAUAAUUGAUCUUUAACUUAUGGAAAUAUAAGAAGUACACUUGGAGAGUGGAAUGGAGACAUGAAAUGAUUGAAUCUCUACAUUGCGGUUUUUAUCUUGAAGAUGAGAUAUUGCUUAUUUGCGUACUUGUUUUAAUUGACUUCCCAUUUUGAUAUUUAUCACCUAGACCAUAAACUCAUCAACGUAAAUUCCCUUGAUGUACACUGAGCACUGUCUUUGAUUUAUGGUCUGGAAUAUGUUUAGGCAGGGUGCAUUGCGCUUGGCAGAAUUCCUUCUGGCUUAAUUUUUAUUUUCUGUCCCAGCUUGUUUGAGUCUUGCUUCAUCUGAUUUUCUCUCAACAACGAUGAUGAACCCUGAGAAAGUGCCUGCCUUUGGCCUUCGCAUAGUACAGGAGCAGGGGUACUUAGGACACGUCACCCUUGGGGCAUCCUAAAAAUUAAUGUAUCCUCUGAAGUUUCUUCUUGUAUAUCAUCAAAGCAUUUUUUAUUUGCUAAUUUUUAUAUUAAAUGUAAAACAAAUAUUUUCUAUUGUAUAAUUUGGAUUCAAAAUCUGUGAGAGUAAUUUUUGUAAGGUACAGAGAACACAUCCUUUUCUUUCAGAAUUUACUAUUAAUGUACUUGGUUUGGGCUGCUUACGAUUCUCAUAUUUGUGUGCAUUCUGCUCGAAAAUGUUUUUGUACCCUGCAAUUCAUUUCUUUUGGAUAACAAAAGCCUUGUGUUUCAUGCCCUAAAAUAUUUGGGGGGUUUCCUUCUAAGAGGAUGGACACAUCAUCUACCUCUCUUCCCUAGUUGCUGUGCUGUUGUACGGGUAAAAUUCUUAAUUACUUCAAAAACUGUGAUGGAGGGGAGAGGUACAGAUUUGGAUCUUUAAAACUAAUUUUAAAACACUCUGUAGAAAUUAAGUAAGAGUUAAGCAAAAUACUUUCUUCUCCAUCUGCACGAUCUCUAGAUAGGAUUAUAAUGUAAAACACUCAGCCUCUAUUUAGUGUUUAAGAUGAGUUCUCAAAGCUCACAAAGACAUAGAUCUAGUUAACUGAAAUUCAUCUCAUGCUUUUGUCUAGCUUUUCUGGAACACAUUUUGCUCAUUUUUAUAAAGAGCUUUGUGUUUAGCAUUUUAUUAUCGUACAUAUUGUAAAGUGAAUAAAAUCGACUGACUCAUUUUGGGGAAAUGUACAUUUUCAAUGUGUUUUUCUCUAAUGGGUCUAGCUAUUGCGAUGCCAUCUCAUUUUGGGUGUAGCUAUGAAGUAAUCUAUUAACUGCACCUAGGCAAAACUGGAAAACACUAUGGGUAAAGAGUACUGUAAGCAUGAAAUUGUGAUGUAUGGUAUGUUUUUUCUUGCUUUGUCCCUUCCAGAAAGAUGAAAGUGAGUCUUUAAAUUAUGGCAAAGUGUAGCUUCCUUCACCUGCCACACACCCCUGGACUAACAUUCAGAGAAAAGAGUUGUUCACAUCAAAUGAAAUUUGAGUAAUAGAUAUAAAAAAUAUAAAACAUCAAAAGCUGCCUAAAGCACUAUUGUUUAUUCUGAAUGAGAAAGAACAGUGUAAAAAUGCAAUUCUUACCAAAACUUGCCUUUAGUCAGAACAUUCAAGUUCUCAGGGAGCCAGGCAUAACUGAUGAAACUUUCUUCUAGGACUUCAGAAAACAGAUUCUGACUAUAUCUAGGGUUUUGUAUUAUUAUUUUCAGUCUUUUUAAUGUUGAGUUCAUUAUCAUUUUAAUGUUUCACAUCUGUGUUGCACAAUGGAAUUGUCAUGUGUACCGAUUCCAGAGUUGGAUAGGAUUAUCUUAUGUUUGGAACAAGAAUAUGAUACAUGGAAAUGUGUUUAAAUGUUUGAGGCCAUAUAAGUAGCCAUAAUGUGUAUGAAAAAUCCCACCCCCUUCUAUAAAGAAGAGCUUUCAAAACAAAUUUCAGAUUUGCUACUAUUCCCUCCACAAACUACAACUUCUCCCAGCUAAGCACCAGUUCUGUUCAUCUGCAGAAGUUGCUAGCUAAACCGUCCUUAUCACCUUUCUAAAUUUCUGGAAGCAAGUUACUAUCAAGAUCAAUAAUGAGUUUUGUAAGCUGCUUUCCAAACACUAGGGUUUGGUUACUGGUGCAGACUCUGUUGUUCUUGAUGCCAUAGUUUUUAGGUUUACUUUUUUGUCUCAGUGCUGCACACCGAUGUUUAGGUAGCUUUUGAAAUGAUGUAGCACUGAUACCACCACCACUUAAAAUACAAAACUGUGGUGUUUGAUGCCACUACCUCCAACUGCAAUGUUGGAGCAGAUCUUCAUUUUGGAAGAGGAUAUUAAAUGAAGAAAAUGAAGUUUAUUCAAUUAUAAUUUUGAGACUUUAGUUGACACUUGAUUUCCAAAAAUGUGUAGUGCAUUUUCCAAGAAAUAAAUGUGGAUGUUUUUCAGAACAAAGUUGAAGGCUUUUGCUAGCAUUGAUUCAUUUUAUUUACAUACACACACAUAGAUACACAGUAUUGAGUUUUCACACACACAGACACACACACCCCCCCCAUGUAUACAAAGUGUAAUUUGUUAGUUUUGGACAUGUUUAAUAUUUUCCAAAGUUGCAAGAGGUUGUAGGUUAAUGCUAGGAUAUUGAUUUGUUUUUAUUCCUUACUCGUAAUCAUGGAGUGUUCUGUUCUCUUAGUUGUAAUGUUAAAAGAAAACUAAAUGCUCAGACUUGGUCAGCAACCUAAGUGGUUUUGAGCAUUGCUGGUAAGGUGUAGUGUUCCUUCACUAAUGCACAUCAGGGUACAUCUGUGUGGCACAUAGGUACAGUGUUUUCAUCCUUCAUCCUCAGUCUUCAUCCCCUCCCCCCCUCCCCAAUAUCACGUGUCUCACUGUCACUUAGUAAAUGUUUGUGUUAAACAGGGUAAAUAGAGAUCCUCAAGGUCUCAUCAUUGUGGCAUAGCUCUAAUGUGUGUGCUUUGGGGAGCUGCAGUGAGUUAUUUGCAUAACAUUAUUGUUUGAUAGUGAAAAUAUUUGUUUUUGUUCUUCAGGUGUGUCGAUUCAAAUUUUCUAUGUUGAAUUAAAAUAUUGCAUAAUAUUGAUGGGUUCAGAAACUAUUAAAAUAAUCAAACAGUUAUUCUGUGGAUUUAUAGCUUUAUUUCCUUGUAUUUUCAAUCAAAUGCUCUUUCCAUCUUCACUAUAUUUUAGCAUUGUCCCAACCACAUAAGGCAUUUUGUUUUCCUUCUCCAUUCACCCACCUCCUUAAAUUUAUAUAGUAACAAAAUAUAUUUGUGCUAGAGAACUCACAAUAAUACUUGAGCAUGUAUUUAUUUGGGGGAAAGCCAGAGCCUACAAUUAUGCCUAAUAGAAUAGUUCUACCUGACCCAUCCCUGAAGUAUGUAGAGUUGAUUCAAUGAUCCCUCAUCUGUACCAACAGCAUGAGAAUAUAACUGUAAAUCCACUUUCUUUUCAGGGACUGUAUAUUGCAUGAGAAUCUGUGUUUAUUUCUUUCUGGAAACAAGAGGAAGGCUGGUGGGAGAGGGGAGGAGUUAUUUUGCAUACUGGUUUGAAUUAGGAAGACAUUAUAUACAUGAAAUGGCCUAAACUAAUAACUGUUGCAGAAUGCCCUGGAUAUAAUUAUUUCUUAUCUUCAGCUGGAUAUAAAAACUGAAGCAGUGAAAAAGAUGCAGUCCUGUCUAUUUAAUUGGUUUCUUCCUGUUUCUGGUCCAUCACUCUACAUCCACUGGGAACUAUCUACUAAGUACCUUUGGUAAUGGACUACAUUAUCUUCAACUUUAUUUUUAGGUGAACAAUUUCAUCAACUCUAAAGCAAAUAACAUAGAAUAUAUGAGCCAAAGUACUGAGUUAAGAUGGCUUCUAGUUGAUUUUAAUUCAUAUUUAAAUUUUGCAUUUGACUUGUAUAAUACACUACUGCUGAGAAAAACAAUUAGGAAUGCUUCCUGCAUGUUAUAUAUUAUCUCUAACAGAGAUGGUACAAUUUAAAAAAUACAAAGGGGCAUAGAAUUAGAACGGAUGUGUUUGUGCAUAUAUGUGUUGUGUAUAAACCUAAAUAUUUAUACUUAAAUAUUUUUAAAACUCUUCAGAUGUUUCACUCUCAGCAAAAUAAUGGGCCAGUCCUGAGGAGAGAUGUUUUCUUUGGUUAUCUAAACAGUGAAGGCUAGCAUUUGUUUGGUUUUAUUUUGUUUUGUUUUUCUGCCUUUGUCACAUAUUUUGAAACAUGUACGUAAUUGGUUUUUGUUUCCGCUAAUGGAUUACUAGAAAAUGUAAGAUUUUGUUUUAAGUUGAAUGUUCUUGGCUCUCAGGUUUACCAUGUAAAUCUGCACUUUGGUGGUAAAUCCAUCUGCCUGAGAUUCUGUAGUUUUUGGUAAACUUUACUGUUUUUAAAAUAACUUUUGUGUAAAAUAAAGAUUCAAUUUUUAUAAUAAAUGGCAAAUAAAAAC